UCAAAACCCUAUAUCUGAUAAAGGAGAACAGGAUGGCAAAACUUUCUCUUGUUCUGGUUGGUUUAGCGAUCUUUCUGGUCACCGAAACCCUAGUUUCGGCACAGCAACAAUGCCGGGGAGACAUCGGUGGCCUGAUGAAAGAAUGUGCGGUAUACGUGCAGCGGCCAGGCCGGAAAGUUGACCCAUCCCCGGCCUGCUGCAGCGUCGUGAAGGCUGCUGACAUUUCUUGCGCAUGCGGUCACAUCACGGCCAUGGUCGAGAAAGAGAUCGACAUGGAUAAGGUCGUCCAUGUGGCCGCCUUCUGCGGAAAACCCCUCGCCCACGGAACCAAGUGCGGGAGUUACGUUGUCCCGUGAAAGAAUGUUGUCAUGGCAUGAUUGGACCUGAACCUAUGUGAUGGAAUAAUUUGUUGAAGCCUUGUAGCUUUCAUCUCGUACUAAUUCGAUCAAGUCUAGUGUAAUGAACAAUAUUUCAUAAAAAUAAUAUAUUCUCCGUAUUCCGUUAUCCA